AUGAGGAGCUCUCGAAACGACCAGGCGCCGAUAGAAAAUUUCUGCGUUUACUGCAGAAGCAAUCAGACCUUCUCGUACCUGAAAAAAUGGGACGCGGAGGGAAGUUCGAGGGAAGUUUUAUCAAAUGAGUACCAAAGGAUAGUUUUAAAAAAAGCGGUCAAGUACAAAUGGAUAAAAAAUUUGUCCUGCGCUGAGUGUCACCUGAAUGUGGUGGAGUGCCUACAGAAGGAUGAUCGUACAGAGCAACAAAGGGGAAAAUGUAGUCGGAGAGAUGAAGACGCGAGUGCUACUUCUCCUAUGAUGGCUAGCACCAUCGGGGGAGAGUUCCUCACUGUAAACAGACGUUUUCUCAAAAAUGAAAUGCGCAUGAAGGAGGCAAAAUUUUUGGAAAGAAGGAACAGACGGAGAUUUAAGCCGAGAGUCUUUGUAGACACCGAUUCCCGAGUGGAGGUGGGAGCAGCGCGUCGGGGGGACAUACAUGACAGUCAAGUCAAAGGGGCUACGACGCAUAAGGGGGGUAAAGUAAAGGAAGCAAUUAAAGGGAAGUAUCUGUUCAAUGUCGUCGGCAGGGCGAAGUACUACCGACGUGUGUCAAAAGUAUGGCUACAGAGGUUCCUCCGAAAAAGUGGCCCAGUGUACAAGAAUGUAGCAAAACAAUUAAUAAAUUUUCUCGUCAUAAAGAACUUGCAAAUAUUCGAUGUAGAAUUAUGGAACACCUUUUUCAAAAAAAAAGUGACAAACCAUAUGAAUACUAAUAUGUACUUUGUCCUGGGCAAAGAAGGGAGUGAGAAGGAGAAGUUCUUAGAAGACUUGUUUCUUUCCUUUCCUUUUGUCUAUGCUAGUGAUCGAGUUUUUGUGGUUGAUCUGGGUCAGUAUGGGCGAUGCCCAAUCGUGAGUGACUGCAGGUAUGUUAUCAAUUCGGUGGGUACUCUUAACGGAGGAGACUUAGCUGUUGGGAGGAGCAGCACGCCUAUCAAGGGGGGGAAUAGUUCACCUAGCAAGGGGGGGAAUAGUUCACCUAGCAGUGGGAGGAGUAGUUCACUUAGCAGUGGGAGGAGUAGUUCAUCUAGCAACGCGCAUAGUGGUACAGAAAAACGCGGGCCAUACGUGAAUAACAUAAUUUACUCCAAUUUAAACGAAAUUAUACAGAAGGAAGAAGGAGUGAGAGGACUGACGCAGAGGAGGGGAUCCCUUCAAGACAUAGACCCGUGCAAUGAGAAUCUCGAAUAUAUUUUGCUAUCUGUCACCCGAAUAGCUCUCGCUAAACAGUUCGUAUCGAAGAAAGAGUUGCUCAGGCGAGUGUCUAUGUUAGUAGAGUCCAGUCGACUAGGAAAGGGACUUGCACAGACGGGAGAGUCAUUAUCAAAGAAGAAAUUUCUCCGAAUGGAGAAAGCGAAAAUGAAUAAAAGGGCUAGGGGACUGAACCUCUUCAACGGGGGUUACUCUUUCCUGUUAAUAAAAAACAUGGAUAAACUCAACGACCUACAAAUUCCUCCCCUUAGAAAAAGUUGUAUCAUUCAGGUUAUACUCAAAUAUCUGUACCUGUGGAAAGAGCUGAAUUUAAAUGUUCAUGCAUUUGUUUUAUCUUCGGAGGGAGAGGGACACACAGGAGAGUCAACACACGGAGGGACAGCAGACCUCCAUGGCGUCAACCACCUCGGUGAGUUCUUAUCGAACUGCGCCUCUUUUGAAUUCCCUACUUUCGAGUUACCCCCCUUCCUCCGCGAGGCACAGAGACGACAAUACUUGGCCCACCUGUUUAAGGAAAAAGGAGUCUUGUGUUCCAAGGAGAAUCUCCAACAAGUAGCGGAAAUUACCACCAGUUUUAACAAAGCGGACUUGGAAAAGCUGUGCAGAGAUGAGUGUCGAGAAAGGUUUAUUCAUGCGGUGAGGCGAGGAGAAAUGGUGCAUAGCGCGUCUGUCGGAACAGGCGAACUACUCAAUAUGGGUGAAGUGCUGAAUACGUUCGAACAGUCCAAAGGAGUGUGUGCCAACAGAGGGGACACCCCUGAGAGCAACUUCUUCCAUAAAACAUUGAAUCUACAGACCGAAUCCCAUGCGGUGAUCCGCACGCACGAGAUUGAAUUGUACAAAGGGGAGAAGCGUGGUCGUCCAAACAAAGUCUCUCACCUUCGCAGUGUCUCCCUCCUGAAGGACGACACACACAGUGGAGAGGAUAACGGUUUGGACAGUGUCAUAGCUGAGGAAGAGUUGGUAGGGAAUCUGCGGGAAGAAGUGGUGCGCUUCUUUCUCUCCACCUGUGAGAGGGAUCACCCUUCUGAGAAGAUUCGCUCAGAACCGCCUACGGGUAUAUUAGUGCAUGGGAAGAGCGGGUCGGGUAAAACAUUCCUGGCGCAGAAAAUUAUCGACGAAUGUAACUGCACCUCCCUUGUGAUAAACUGCUCCCAUGUAUUCAACAAAGUAAUGGGAGAAUCCGAAAAGUUUUUAAAUGAUAUUUUUGUGUAUGCAGGAGGUAGAGUAGGGCCAUGUGUAAUUCUGUUCGAUGGUAUCGAAAAUAUAUGUUACAACACUAAGGGCUCUUCAUCCCAUGGUAGUAGUAAAUUCACGGAGAGGUUAAAGUUGUGUUUCUACCAACACCUGGAUAGAAUUCACUUCCAGAACAAGUGGGGAUUCGACAGAAGGGCUUCUGGAAAAGUUUUAAUCAUAGCAACAACAACCGACCUCAGUAAUGUAGACAUUAAUUUACUUGUCGAACAUCGUUUAAGACAUGUAUUUUGCACGAAGGAAUUCCACCGAUGGCAGGACAGUGAUGUACUCCGACUGGUCCGCAACUGCCUUCAGCGGUGUAAUGUGCAUGCGGACAUGUUCAUCCGUUCCGUGGAAUUCGAAAAAUUUUUUAGAGAAUACAUUUUGAGUCGUAAGGGGAGACUCACUCCUCUUUAUGUUUCGAACUUGUGCAGAGACGCAGUGGCUCGGCAUGUGCGGAGGGUCAUCGCCUGUGCAGGACGGGAACCGAACGAUGGAAUCAGUGUGGAGGACUUUCUCUGGGCAGCCAAAAAUGCCAAUACCUGA